ACGUCAACUGGCCUCAGUUUUUGAUUGGAUCUCAGACACAGAUGAUGUCAAGAAUGAAUGUCCAGACUGGUUUCUUGAUUUUAUGGAGUCGUACAAGGAUGAUCUAGUUGCUGAGAUUACUGCUAAGGUUGUCCAGUCCCUUGGUGUAGUCUUAGAUAACAAAUUGUCAAUACUUAACCCCGCCCAGGGUAGUUCCAGGGCCCAGGAGCAAACUAGAAGGUCCAGGGUCCAAGAUCAAGAGAGAAGAUUCAGGGCCCAAGAGCAGAAUCGAAAGGAAAGGCUAAAGCAAAUUCAACAGAGGAAAAUGGAGAUCUCAAAACCAUCUGUAAAGCAUGAAGAAUUGCCAGGAAAGAUGAAGAUGAACCAGAUUCUAAAGAGUACAGAUGAAACCUUGAACAAAGAGGCUCUCAAAUUGAAGAGAAGAAAGCACACGAAACAUAUUAUGGAGAUCACAAAAGGGGAUGAGAGGCUGCGAGAGUUGUCGAAGAGAACAGAGGCCACCAGGGAGAAAAUGGUGAAGUUGGCCAGUAAGCUGGACAAGGCCGACAUCAAGGACUUGACUAUGGAGAACAAGGGGAAAAAGGAGAUGAAGAAGACCAAGAAGGUUGAAGCAGAGGGUGUAAGAGGAGGAAGGAAGGAUAGUAUUGGGCAUAUAGAGAAGUCUAGGUGCAGAAAACCCCGAAGAUCAAACAGGAUUAAGAACAAAAUCGAGGUGGGAUUAGCAAAGAGAAGAGUUGCGAACCCAACCAAAUCCGGCCCCAGCUCACCUUGCAAACUGGAGAAACAAGGCACUGUUACAGAAACACAUGUUACUCAAAUACAUGUUAACUAUCCCGUUACCAAGGUCACGGAAUAUCCAGUUACCCAGGUCAAAGAUUAUCCAAUAACCAAGGUCAUGGAAUAUCCAGUUACCAAGGUCAUGGAAUAUCCUGUCAGCCAGGUAAAGGAUUAUCCAAUUACCCAGGUCACGGAAUAUCCAAUUACCCAGGUCACGGAAUAUCCAAUUACCCAGGUCAUGGAAUAUCCAGUUAGCAAGGUAACGGAAUAUCCCGUUACCAAGGUCAUGGAAUAUCCAGUUACCCGGGUAAAGAAUUAUCCAGUUACCCCAGUUAAAGAAUAUCCAGUUACCCAGGUAAAAGAGUAUCCAGUGUCUCCUAUUCCUGAGUACCCCUUGAGACCUGAAGCUGCAAUAAGUUCUAUGAAAAUAGUUUCUGGAGUUUCCAAGAAAGGAGUUGGAUUAUUCCCUUGCUAUCCAACCUCUCCCAACACGAGCAUCCUCACUCCGAUAUACUUCAAGCGCGCUGAGGACAAUGCAGGAAACAACAGAGAUCUGACCGUCAGCUACCAGGUGAAGGUUGAUUCUAUCUACCAAACCCAGGUACAGUUCAUCAACUAUCAACCCGGGAUGGAAAGGAAUCUUUGUCUCAAGCUGAUUUCUGCCUCCGAAGGAUUGACCGUUUUGAACCCGAUACUGCCAAUUUCCAUCAAGGAGAACAUUAUCGCCAAGGAUCAGUCUCUGCUAUUCUCUUUCCAGGGAGCUGAGACCGCUGGACUUAGUGAAUGCUUUUAUCAAGUUGAAGAUAUGUCAAGAGGAGCAAUUAUAAAACCAAGCACCAAACUUACUUUCAGGUUCUUGGCCAAACAUGACGUAGUUCCUUCUCCUGGAGAGAUAAAAGAGAAGGAGCAGGGGAUAGAGCAGGAGAAGGCACAAUAUGAGGAGAAGAAGCAGGAAAAUCAGGAGGAACAGGAGAAGCAAAUUGAAGAAAAGGUUUUGAAGAACAAUGAAGAAAAACAGCAGAUAAAGGAAGAAAAACAAGACCAGGAAGGAUCUGAAAAAAAAGAACAAGAUGAUGAUGAUGGUGAUGCUGAUGAAGAUGAAGAAGAGGGUUCAUGUGAUGAAGAUGAUGAUGAUGACUCUGGUGAAAGUUCUUCGGGUGAAGAGGAUGAGGAUGAAUCUGAAGAAGAAAAUGAUCAGUUUGCAAAGGAAGAAGAUGAAGAUGAGGUAUUUAAUGAUGCUCUUGAUCAUGUUGACCUUGCUGUUCUUGUUCCUGCUGAAGAAAAUUCCAAGGAUGAUUAUGAACUUCUUGAUUUUCACACUGAUACAGUUAACGGAGCAGUCUGCCUUACACAGGACAAGCUUGCUCUGCUGAACCUGGAGGAGGAACUACUUGGUGUUUAUGAUGACCAGGACCUGGUUCAUCUUCAUGUUAGGUCUCCCUGCCGGUCAACACCGGACAGCUCAUGUGGAGACGGUUUUGAACGAAUUGAUGCACAUGAACAAUUCAUACCCUUAGAUGAGCUGGGGGUACUUGUAGAUAUCACAGGAAAGGAGAUAAAAAACAAACAAGAUUAAAACUAAAAAUAAAAAUAAAUCUCUUAAACCCAGACAUACCUAGUUAGAAUAUAGAUUAGACAAAGUGUGUUAUAUCUCGUUUAAGAAUAAUGUAAUCUCUGUUUUGUACUUUACUCGCCUCAAGCUAGAAUUUUUAAAUCGUUUUAAAUUUGCAACCUGAUGUCGCAGAACUUAGCUAUUUCUAACGAUGACUAAUUGCAUGAUCUAGCAAAAAAAUCAAAGUUUGAAACAUCAAGGGUUGCAAAGAUAUAAGGAUAAGAACAUUGGAGUUUGAGGAAAGUAGUAAUCAGUUCAUUUGUUUUUGGAAAACUUUUAUUUUUGUUUAAAUUUAAUUUUUGUUGACAAAUUUAUUGACUUUUGUGAUUGUGUUUAUCAUUUUGUUUAACAUGAUUGUAAGAUGUAAAUAAUCUCAAUUUAUUCACAAAAUCUCUGUAUUGCCUAUAAACUACAAUAUACACUGCAUCUUUAA